GCAGUGUCAUCGCUGAAAAAAAAGGGUAAAGACUGAAGCUUAUUUAAAAUAAGAGAUAAAUUACUUUAGUGAAAAUAAUGUAUUAAUAUUGAAUCAGUUUACCAGAAUGGCUGAUAUGAGGCUUAUCUAUAGUUCACCGAAUGGAAGUGACACUGACUCCGAUGGGUUUCCUUACUCGCAGUUUGUGAAGAACCUCUAUAAAAAAGCAAGGAGGCGUCCACGUGUCAAUCGAUCGCCCACAAUGAGCAGGAUCAUCAUGGAAACUUCAUCGUUACGAACUUACGAUCCACAUUCGCCGAUGGAUGCUUUUUGUCUACUUCUCAAGUCACUUAAUCCGAAAUAUCACAAAUUCUAUUACUUUCUGUGCAUUCUAGCUGGGUUCGCUAUUCUGGCUUAUGUGACUUAUUUAAAGUACUAUUGAACAUUGCGUUAUUUUAGAUUUGUAUUAAAAACUAACAUAUCUAAUAAAAAUCAAUGCAGUU